AUGGAGGUUCAUAGGAAGAUGCUCAAGUCGUUGAUAACAAAGGUGCUAAAGGGUCUUCCAUUCUUGGCACACAGUGGAUCAGCAUAUCCGAGAAGAGCUUACAUGAGAGACAUUGAUGAUGAGAAUGAAACAGAAAUAGGAGUUCCAGAAGAUGUUAGAGAAGGGCAUUUUGCGGUUAUAGCAAUCAAGGGUGAAGAAGCCAAGAGGUUCAUUGUUGAGUUAGAUUAUUUAAAUGAUCCAGGUUUCUUGAGACUGUUGGAGCAGGCUAGGGAAGAGUAUGGAUUUGGACAGAAGGGUGCUCUUGCAGUUCCUUGCAGGCCACAAGAACUUGAGAAGAUUAUUGAGAAUCGACAAGUGGAAAGUGCCAUCAUUAAUCCAAUUUAA